CGCUUGACCACCGCGGCAUUCCAUAUACAGGCAGUCCAAAGCCUUCGUGGUUGCAUCCAGUAGCUUUCAGACAGCUCACGACCAGAUAUUCGAGGCGUUGCUGCAGUGCGUUGCGCCUAACCGCCCUCAGCUCUCACACAUCUCUCUGCGUGUGACAGCCAUCAUCUCUGCACUCCGGUGACGGAAGAACUGCCAACAUGUCGAGAUCCCUCCUCGCCGCAUGCCUGCUCGCGGCGUCGCACGCAUGGGUCGCACCAGCCGCGACGCACCGCAUCAGCGCCCUCGCCGCGAAACGUAAGGGCUUCGGCGACGACAAGUUCAGUAAAAGCAAACCCAAAACCGCCGCUAAGGUCGAGAAGGAGCGCGCGGCGAGCGCCUACGACGCCGCGAAGGCGAGCGGCGUGCCCGAGUACCGCGUCUACGUCACGCCUACCGGAACGGAACAAUGGACUCCUAUUGGAUGUGUUACAGUACCUAGGACGGAGUCGGUCAGCCAGUCCAUCUUCGGCAACGAGGAAUCGCUAUUACAAGUUGCGCGCCAGGCCGGCGUCAAGGGCGAUUUAGAUUAUGGCUACAACCGCGCGAUUUUCCCGGACGACCCCGUGACGCCGGCGGACCGGGCCGAGGCCCUGCGGUCGACGAACCCGCUCCAGCGCUUCGCCAAGGACCUCACGAACCCGCUUGGUUUUGGUGGCAAAUGAGGCGUCUGUGUCGGUCGUCGCGAGAGUAACUAUUCUGUGUC